AUGCACGCCUACAGUCUGCCCUUGCUCCUCCUGCACGCCUGGUGGGGUCUCCUCCAGGCGGGCGCCGCGACCGUAGCCCCGGUGCCUCUACGUACGUGGGAGCAUCCUUCGUCGCCGUCUCCUCUCGCUUAUAUGCUGAGUCUGUACCGCGAGCCGCGACCCCGGGCGGACAUCAUCCGAAGCCUGCAGGCGCAAGACGUGAAGAUGGAUGGACAGAACUGGACCUUUGCCUUUGAUUUCUCUUUCCUGGGCCAAGAAGAAGAUCUGGCGUGGGCUGAGCUCCGGCUGCAGCUGUCUAAGCCUGUGGCCCUUCCUCCUGACGUCCCGCUCUCCAUUGAGAUUUUCCACCAGCCGAGGCUGGACGAGGAUCAGGUCCCACCCGACUGUCUGGAACGUCUCCGGAUGGACCUGUUCACUGUCACUCUGUCCCAGAUUACCUUUUCCUCGGGCAGCAUGGUCCUGGAUGUGACCAGGCCACUCUCCAAGUGGCUGAAGCACCCUGGGGAGCUGAGGGAGCAGAUGUCCAGCUUGGCUGGCGAGUGUUGGCAGCGGCCUCCUUCACCACCUGUCACCAACGUGCUCCUCAUGCUCUACUCCAACCUCUCUCCAGAGCAGAGGCGGCUGGGUGGCUCCACCCUGCUGUGGGAAGCUGAGAGCUCCUGGCGGGUCCAGGAGGGUCAGCUCUCUCGGGAGAAGGGAAGGAGGCACCGCCGAUAUCACCUGCAGGACAGAAGCCAACUGUGUCGGAAGGUCAAGUUCCAGGUGGACUUCAACCUGAUCGGAUGGGGCUCCUGGAUCAUCUACCCCAAGCAGUACAAUGCCUAUCGCUGCGAGGGCGAGUGUCCCAACCCUGUGGGGGAGGAGUUCCAUCCAACCAACCACGCAUACAUCCAGAGUCUGCUGAAACGGUACCAACCCCAUCGAGUCCCUUCCACCUGCUGUGCCCCAGUGAAGACCAAGCCCUUGAGUAUGCUGUACGUGGACAAUGGCAGGGUCCUCUUAGACCAUCAUAAAGACAUGAUUGUGGAAGAAUGUGGGUGUCUUUGAAGAGUUCCUGUGGGCGUGUUGAAUUUGCCUGCACCUGGAAUGUUGGGAAGCUCCUGGAAGUCACACUAGCCAUCUAAUCCAAAGAGGAGAAACGACGAGGGGGAAAGGUGCUCUGUCCAGCAGA